UCUAGUUGCCUCAAUACACCUCGUAUCUGUCCAGGCAUAUUGCUAUAUAAACUUCGCCUGUACUCUCUCUUUAGGAUGUACGCCAGUCAUCCAAUUUGUACACUUUAUUCAAAUUUUCACCAUGUAUCUUUCUCGAUUCUUACUCUCGCUCUCAUUGGCUUCGCUAAGCUAUGCUGCCACUCCCAUCCCUAAUUCCUAUGGCAUGCUCCUAACUGGCACAUUGGAUGGAUGCAACACCGAUAGUACGGAAUUCAAUACGGGAGGAUCAGUCUUAGUCGAUGGCUGGAACGUUCAAGUACCGAAGAACCUUAUUGUCCAAUUCCCAGUCGUAUGGGUACCUUUCGGCAAGCUCUGUGGCGCUGGGGUUGGUGGGUACGAAGUAACUGUCAACGGCAACGUUGUUAAUGGUCAAGCCAUUGCUGCACAAAUUGUGGUAGCACAAGGUCUCAGCGUUCGUGCUGGCCAGGGCUACAUUGAGUCCAUCAAUGGCGCCGAUGCCUCCUUCAAACUUAGAGGCGGUCCUACCGUCAGACUUUCUGAUCCUAGUGGGAAAUUUGGCUCGGCAACGGAUAUCGCUCCAUACUUCCCCGUGGAUGAUGAGAAUCCCAGCAUCACUGCUUUCUCUGGGUACCCUAUGUGUAUCUCGCGGGGCGACGGUGAUACCAAAUGCCCAUCCUCCAAUCGCCCUGCAGGCUCGACCAACUUCUCCCCUGCCGAUCCACUUGCUAUGGUUCCCUUCGCGGUGGGAGAUUUCAUCGAGUAUACGGGUGUCAAGAUUGGCAAUAGCAUUGCAGCUUUUGAAGUAUCAGCUGUCAAUGUGCAGGCCACGACAAGCGCCUCAGACACUGUACCGCAGUACAUUCGGGUUGAAGAUGCUUUAGUGGGUGUGUUUUCAAACGACCCAAACACGGAAUCCGCCGACUUCAGGUUCAUCGGAUAUCUUUCCAGUUGCGCUAAUGCUGCGGUGACUGUCUUUGCAAUUGACGUCGAUCCAUGUACAGGUGCUGAGACCGAACGACAAAUCGGCAGUGCCACGCCUCGAGCGGGUGAUGUGCGUUGUAAAUGGGAAGCUCGCAUCCCUUCAACCACUGCCCAGACGCCCUACACCCGUGAAUACAUCCUUCGGACCCAAUCGAAGGUAAUCACCACCAAGGAUGGCAUUGAGGCUGGCCAAUACGUCACGCCAGUCACAGAAUGGAUCUACCCCGAGGUCAACGUUCCAGGAGCUGAGUUCCCGGCCUUUGACUUUACUCAGUUCCGGAAUAUGGUCCAAGGAGAUUUCCUUGAUGAUCAGCAAUUUGGUCCCCUAUCCCCCUUCCCCGGUGGUAACCCGCCAGCUCCUUCGAAGACCUGCAGUCCUUCAGACAUUCUACCCACCGGUACGCCUACACCUAGUGGGCCACCAGUUGCAUUCAUCGCACCGGUCUCUUCUGUCCAGCGCGGUGGUAAUAAUCUUGUACUCGUCGCCCAGAACAACAACACCAGCAUCCAAGGCUCCGACCUUAGCUUCGUCUGGAAACAGACUUCUCCUGCAUCUCCCACUGCCAGUCUCACAAACCCAUCGCAAGCUUCUGCUACAGUCGCUGUCCCCAAGGUCUCUGCAAAAGCCUCCUUCAUCUUCGAAGUCACUAUCACCCAAAAAUCCGACACCACCAAGACUAGCAAAGCGACUGUCACUGUUUCAGUUGAUCCUGCUGCUGCAGAUUCAGUCGUUGUCAACACUUAUACAUGGGAAUCUCGACAAUCGGGAACCAUCGGUGUAACAUGCUCGUCCAACGUCGUCAACGGCGAUAAUAAGAGAAUGUCUCUACUUCUCAACAACGGAGGAACUACCUUGACCAUGACCAACUCAGCGCCGGGCAAAUGGUCAUACUCUUCCAACAAGGUCAAACAACCCACCAAUAUCCAGUGCGUGUCUGAUCUUGGGGGCAAGAGUGAGCUUGUUACUGCUCCGCGCAGAAGGAGGAGAGGUCUUGCCAACAAAAUUUUGUCUUGA